GGCCCAGCCCCAGCAUGUGGUGUCAUGCGUGCCUUUGUCACCGUGUGUGUAAAAAUAGCACAAACCCGGUUCGGGUGACUUGAUAUAAUUUUCACUUUCGUUUUCCUAAUGCAUUGUCAUGCAAUGGCUAAAGCGACGAAAAUGGCUGCAAACCAAUUCAACCUAAGACCACCAGGGCAGUUAUGUCCCUUUGAAAGCAGGCAAUGGGAGGCACUGAAAAGAGUCCAGAACUGUUCCAAGCCAGAGUACUACCACUGUCUGCCCAAUCAGUACAAUCAACCAGGCCAGAUCUGUGUCAAGGCCAACUGGGUGUCCAAAAAUUACUGCCCAAUUUUCAACACAGAUGCAAAUGACAUGGACCUGAUUCCGUGUGACCUUCAAUACGGAGCGUGCUCAGACACAGAUUUCAGAUCUAAUGAGGUCUAUAAAUAUGCUGGGUGUCUGAAUAAAACAUCUAUAAUAGGAGUAACCACAGGCAAGACUCCAGAAUCCUCAGUUCAGCCACUGACCAUUGCGCUAGCAGUUAUCAUACCCCUCAUCAUUCUACUGGUCCUUGGAUUGAUUGUCUGUGUUUAUUGCCGAAGACGGAAAAGUAGAAGAUAUCCUGGCAAAGACCAUGAAAUGGAACCUUUCAUAAACAAGAACAAUCUUCCCUUAGGUUUUUACAAGACCUGUGAUUACUUGGACAACAAUGUGUUUUGUAAGACUAAGCGUUACGAAGAAGCUGUUGGUAUAUUGAAAACCUAUGGCUGUAUCACACUUGUUGGUCCACCUGGCUCUGGUAAAACUAUGACAGCUGUCCAGCUUGCCAGACACAUCUGCAGGAAUGAAGAAAAGGCCAAGUUGUACUUUUGCCAAACAUUGGAGGAGAUAAUUGCUGCAGCUGAAUCGAAAGAAGCAUGUAUAGUUGCAGAUGGUUGCUUAGAUCAGUAUCUGUAUUAUCCCUCCAAAGUAAAUGAUGACCUAAAAGAAUUUGAAGGGAUUUUUACAGAUUAUGUUCAUCCUAAAAAAUCCCACAUUAUUUUUACAGUUCAAGAAGAUAAGUGGCAUGCACUCAGAGAUAGUUUUUCAGGCUGUGGUAUGUUCAGCCAGAAACAUGUUUUGCAUAUAAAUGAUAACUCUUUCAGUUUAACAGACUUGGAAAAUAUGAUAGUAAACCACCUCAAAUAUCACAAAAUUUCAUUGAGCUCCAAGGAAGAGGAUAUCAAGUCUGAAACAAAAUAUUUACAAAAUGAAAAGAUGGUUGUUUCAAGAAAUGCUAAACAAGAAAUUGCAAAGUUACUAAGGCAGGAAAAUCAGUUUUCAUCACCACUGAUAAUCGACUUGAUUUGUAAAAAUAGACGUUUGAUGUUGUCAAAACAUCUUAUUCUUAAGGAUGGGUUUAGGGAAAUUUUGCAGAAAUUCUUCCAGAAGUGGUCAACGGCGGAGGACAUUGAUGAGAGGGAGAGCUUUUGCAUUCUUGUCUUUGUUGCUCUCCGAGGAGGAAUGGUUUCACUUUCUGAUUUUAAAAGCACUGUCGUAGGCCCUAUUUAUGAAGAGGUUUGCAGACAAUUUAAUUGCAGGAAGAGUGCCGAGAGUGUUAAAAAUUUGUUAAAAAAAGAUAUACGUCUAGCGGGAUGUCUGUUCCAUGUGCCGGAUAGCACUGAAAAUGAUACUUAUAUUUUCCACCAUGAAUGGCUGUUGCAUUUUGUUCUCAGAUUUGUUACUGAAAUUAAGAAUGAGACCUUCUUGAUUGAAAAUGCAAAUGUUGACAUUCUUCUUCGCAAAUGUUGGAUUAAAGAAGGAAUUGUAAAGCAAUUUUUUGCACUUAUACAGAAUACGAAGACAGACCCACCUAUGGAGUCAGUAUGUUUCUCAACUUUCACACUAAAAGAAUUGGGAAGAAGAAUUUAUUCAGAAAUGCAAAAAGGCUAUGUACUCCAUGAUAGGCUUAAGCAUGUAUUUUGGAGUAAUGAAUUGUUUCUUAAAGAGUGGGAUCAGAUAUGUGUAAAGGUGGACACAUGUCAUUCAAGUGAAAGCAAUCGUGGAGACCCCAAAAAGGCAGCUUAUCAUAACCAGGAUGAAAGCAAAGGUGGGGAUGCCACGAUAAAAAUGUCUACACAGAUAGAAUCUUCAAACACCAAAUCUAAAGUGACUGACUCGAACACCAGUGAAAUUGAAAGGAGUAAAAAAGAAGUCCCCAAAACAAGAUCUACUGUACACGUAAAUGACAGCAAAACCGAAAAAAGUAUGGAAACCCUAACAACACCAACAGAAAUUGCAGAAUGUACGUCUACUUCCACAGACCUGAAAGUAGCCGAAAGUGAUUUGCCUGAAAACAAAGUUAAGUUAAACUCAAACAGAUCUUCAUCAAGCAAGCCUAAAAGCAAAACCAAAAAAGCAGAUACCAAGAAGCCAACAGACGCCAGUGUGAACGGAAAUGAUUCUACCCAGAACGCAUCUGCACAGAACAAUGAUCAUAUAACCACUGGUACAAUGAGAAGUGACCUAACUCAGUCCAGCUCUAUUAAAGGGACAUCUCGGCAAACUAAUGAACCGUUUGAUGGAGGAUCAGCCGUGUGAAGAAGGAAACACUGGCCAGUCUUUUAUACAUUUGUAUUUGGAAACUUGUUUGAAAGUCUCUGACUUGCUGCUGUGUUUUAAGCUUACCAGAGCCAAAGGCCUUUCUGUUGAAAAUAGGUCUGGCAUCUGUUGUUGUCAUUGAUGUUGUCAUCAUUAUUAACUUCUCACAUUUUCAUCUUCUUCUUCAGAACCACUGGGCCAAUUCUAGUCAAACUUAUUACAACUAAUCAUUGGAUGAAGGGGGUGAAAUUUUGUUCAAAUGAAGGGUUGUGUCCCGUUCAAAGGGGAAAUACAUGUAAUCCAGAAAAAAUAGGAUGGUGUCAUUUAAAAACCUUCGUUGUAAGAAUCAUGGGGCCAGAGAAGUUGAAAUUGACAUGAAAACUUCCUAACAUAGUGUAGAUUCAAGUUUCAUUAAUUCAUGGCCCUUUGGGGUAGGCUGAAGUAAAAAAAAAAAGAAAAAAAAAAGUGGAUCACAGUGAGAAAAUACUUCUCCGUAACUGCAAGGACAUGAUCACUGAUAUUGAUAUGCAAGCAUUUACAGGUAAUUCCGAUUGUGACUUCCAGGGGUAGGAUGCAGUCACAAUAGGAAUAACAGUUAUACAGAAAAAGUCUUUUAAAACCUUCACCUUAACAACAGCAGGGCCAUGACUAGUCAUACAAACAUGAUCCUGCGGGGGGUAGGGUGGGAUUACUAUGCACAAAUCUUGCCCUCAAUCCCCAUGUGAAAAAAAAAUCGUAUUUCCAUAUGUUAGCCUUUGUAAUUUUCAGAUCUGUUAUUUUUCCAUCAAUUGCAGUCAGCUACAAUGAUACCCUUGGAUGGAUACUUAAUGAUUAGCUAUAAUUUACAGUAGUAACCUUUACAUUUGGUAGGGUAAAGAAGGAAAGCUUGGCUUUUCACCGAUUGACAUUUGACUUCCCCACAAAGGGGCAUAACUCAUGGCAAAGUGUUACUAUGUGUACAAGAGAUCAAAGUUUUAUAUGGGAAAAUAAGGGGAAAUAUCCUUUAAAAUCUUCUCAAGAACAGCAGGGCCACUAUUAGACAGACUGGUAUGCAAGCAUCUUCAGGUAGUGCAAAUUCAAAUUUGUUCAAUUCAGGGGUCCUGAGUUAGAACCAGGGGCCACUAUUGGAGAUCAAAUUUUUAUAUGGGAAUAUACAGGUAAUUAAUUAAAACCAAUUAUUUUCAAGAGUAGCAGGGCUACACUAAAUCAUGUUAAAAUGCAAAUGCUCCUUAGUCCUAACAGGUGUGGAUUCAAGUUUUUGUAUGCCCCGGUGACUAAAGAUCAAGGUACGGUUGUAUACAUAAAAAGGCCCAAAAAAUUUCUCUCUAUAAAAUGUGUCUGGAAUUAACCUUAAUCAUCGUUUUAAGAAAGUAAAAUAAAUGCCAGGUAUACUAUGUCAACAAAAUCAGAAUGAUAGUCCUAAAUGAAUAGCAUUAUGACAUCAUGAAUAAGACAUUUCCCGCCUUUUUCUCAAAAUAAGCCUGAAAACUGUCAAAUGUCAUACAAAUUAUUGCUCAGGAAAAUAUGUACGCAUUUGUCGAGCAAAAUGAAAAUGAUAUAUAUUGUGUAUUAUUUUGAGAUGAAAAACAUGCUUCAAUAUGAAUUUGCUCGACGCAUGCGCUGUAUGUUUUCUAAAAGGAAAACCACCUGAAUUUGUGGAUAUUUUCAUUGAAAAUGGCAUUUUUGCAAUUUUAUGCCAACUUCAAGCCCUCGUCAUAUGACACAAAUCAUUUUGCUGAUCAAACUGAGUGAAUUUUGGGUUUGCUAAACUAUUCCUUAAUUGAAUGCCAGGAUUUGAGCUCCAUGUGAAAUCAUCAAUAUUUUGGGCCAGAUGACUGUAGAAACUGUACCUACUUCUUUUGGGAGCACAUCAUUGUUUUUGUUCUAUCUGUGUGAAACUCUAACCUUGCUCAUAAUUAUUCAAUGGUGAGUGAUAGGGCUGUCAUAUUGCAAAUGUACAUUUCUUGUGACUAGACCGUUUUUGAUACUAAAGCUUUUUGUGACCUUGACCUUGGAUUUUGACAUACUUUUAAGAAAACCUUACCUAGGUAACAUCUCUUGAACUAUGUAAGGUAGGGCUUUUAUUUAUUGUAUAUAAGUUCUUUUGGCAAACCCUUAAAUUUCUUAUCAUUAUGUUUGACCUUGUGAUCUUGACCUUAGAGUUUGACCCAAGUUAAAAACCUUAACCAAAACUUUUAACUUUGCUCAUAACUUUUGAAUUGUGAGUGGUAGGACUUUCACAUUUCAUACCCGCAUUUGUUAUCAUCUUUUUUGGUGCUUCAGUUUUUAACCAUGUGACCUUGACCUUGGAGUUUGACCUACUCAUAAGAAAACCUAGGCAAUAUAUUGCAGGGCUUUCAUAUUUAGUUUAUAAAUUCCUUAUUGCAAAACACUUCAUUUGAUGCCAUGAUGUUUGACCCUGUGACCUUGAAGUAUGAAUUACAAAACAUGAUGGAGGUACUCUACAUCGUCAUGAUGGCUGAUGAAAAUAUAAAUAUCAGCAGUAUUUGUGUAUUCUAUUAAAGAAAUCGUCACCUAGCUGAGUAGCUCUGUAGGUUAGCGUGUCGACUGCUGAAUUGUAGGUAGCGGGUUCGAGUCCAGCAGGGGUUUUAAAUUUUUUCCCCAUUGGGCGUCUUAUGUGAAUGAUGUGGCCCAUGGGCUUUUUGUAUAUGCGAAGUAUAUAGAUUCGAUGAAUUGAUGCGAUUGUCGUACAAGUAUUGCAUGUUGUUGAAGCUAUUCUGAGUUAUCUUGGACUUGUCAUUUUGCCUUGAUUGAUUUGAUAUUAAUGAUCAAUUCUUGUUUUUGUCAAGGUGGCUGUGUUUCAUUACUAUAUGUAUAUAUUGGCGAUCAAUAAAGAAAAUUGAGACCAAC